UAAAAGUAUAAAAUUCCACAUAUACCCCUCUCUCUCUCCCCCCAUUCGUUUACUAGUCCGCUGCACGACUCUUUCAAAAUCAUUAUUAAAUAUCUUUUUCUCUCCCCGCCGCGUCCGUACACCGGAGGGAACCCGGGAACAGAUAAAGUCACACACCCACUUUCAUCAAAAUAACACAACAAACCAUACAGAAUUAGAAUUACAGAUCCAACGAAGAACAAAUCAUGAACGAACAACAACAAUCACUCCUUGUUCAAUCCGCUUCUCGUUUCCCACCCCCACAAGGAAUCAAGCUCUCCUACGGCACUGCCGGAUUCAGAGCCGAUGCAUCCAUCCUACAAUCGACCGUUUUCAGAAUCGGGAUACUGGCGGCACUCCGGUCUUUGAAGACCGGAGGAGCUGUGAUCGGACUGAUGAUCACUGCUUCACACAACAAAGUGUCUGAUAACGGCGUCAAGGUGGCUGAUCCCGCUGGUGAAAUGCUCACUCAAGAUUGGGAGCCGUUUGCUGAUUCUGUUGCUAAUGCUCCGGAUCCUGAAUCUCUCAUCCAGUUGAUAGCCGAUUUUGCAAAGAAGGAAGACAUACCACUAAAUGGAUCAAAGGGGGCAACAGUAUUAUUAGGAAGAGACACCAGGCCCAGUGGUGAAUCUCUAGUUGAGGCUGCAAAACAAGGAAUCUGUUCAGUAAUAGGAGCUGUUGGAAUUGAUAUCGGUGUCGUAACAACCCCACAAUUGCAUUGGAUCGUACGUGCCAGAAACAAAGACUCGAAACCCUCCGCCUCUGAGCUUGAUUAUUUCGAUCAGGUUUCCACCUCUUUCAGAUGCUUGAUAGAUCUGAUACCAAACAAGAGCCAACAUGGAAUCGGGAAGCUGAUUGUCGAUUGCGCGAAUGGAGUCGGUGGGGAAAAACUUCAAGUUUUGAAACAAAAGUUAAAUUGGUCGGAUGUAGAAAUUCGUAAUUCCGGUGAACAAGGUGUGCUAAACGAACAAGUUGGUGCUGAUUACGUCCAGAAGGAUAAGGUUGCUCCGCAGGGGUUUGGUCCUCCUGAUGUUGGCGUAAGGUGUGCAAGUCUAGACGGAGACGCUGAUCGUCUUGUAUACUUUACAAUUAUACCAAACGGAAACAACCGAAUAAACUUGGUUGACGGGGACAAGAUUCUAUCGUUAUUCGCUUUAUUCAUCAAAGAUCAACUAAGCAUUCUCACAGACUAUACAAACGAAUAUCAACCUCGUGUUGGUGUUGUGCAGACCGCUUAUGCUAACGGUGCAUCAACCAAAUACCUAAAUCAGUUAGGAUUACAUGUCAUAUUUACGCCAACAGGAGUCAAGUAUUUGCAUGAAAAGGCACACGAGUUUGAUAUUGGUAUCUAUUUUGAAGCAAAUGGUCAUGGAACCAUAUUAUUCUCUAACCGGUUCUUACGUUGGUUAGAGGAUAAAAAGUCAACAGAAAAAAGUUUGGAAAAGCAGAAUGCUGCUAUGAGGCUAUGGGCCGUCAGUAAGCUGAUUAAUCAAGCUGUCGGUGAUGCGCUCAGUGGGUUGCUUUUGGUUGAAGCCAUCUUACAACAUAUGGGAUGGUCAGUCGAAAAAUGGAAUGAGCUUUAUCAUGAUCUACCAAGCAGACAACUUAAGGUAAAAGUUGCAGAUAGAACUGCUGUUGUCACAACAAAUGCAGAAACUAUUGUCGAGAAGCCUCCUGGCAUUCAAGAAGCUAUCACUGCAUUAACAGUAAAAUACCCACAAGGUAGAUGCUUUGUUAGACCAUCUGGAACAGAGGACGUUGUGAGAGUUUAUGCAGAGGCACGCACACAGGAGGCAGCUGACGAGCUCGCCACUAGUGUAGCAAAACUGGUUGAUCAGUUUCUUGGGUUCCAUGUUGGAAUGUGAAUCUUAAGUUUCUUUUAAUUGACUGUAGAAUAGAUUUAUCGGCUGGCUGCUAACACUAAUCUUGCAAUUUGAACUACAACAUUAACUGCUUCUGUUACGGCUAGUUUGCUAGCAAAUAUUUGAUUUUUCAUAGCAGAUCAUAUUUUGCUAUCUA